AUGGACGGAACAAAUUCUGCGGGUUGCAAGGUCUCUCUGCUCAACGACCACGAACCCUCUCACCACCUCGGUCGCCUCAACUCCUUCGCGCCUUCUCUUCGCUCGCGGACCUCGAGCUACGACUCGUCCGCGCUUGGCUCACCACCCACUCCCCACCUCGUCCGCAGCAUAUCGUCCGACUCGUCCAACAUGCAGACGCCGUCGCCCAUCACUCCGGACUUUGGCUUUGCCAGCAGCGGAGAAGCGAGUGAAUUUUCUCAGACUAGCUUUUUCCCGCAACAAAAAGAAUUGUUUUCUCACGUCUACGACAUGCCCGGCGCCCUCCCUUACCACCCAGCACACCCGCCAAUGCACUUCGCCCAGCAGCAAGCCGUGGACGGCGCAUCGGCACCCAGCGCUGCGCAAGCGAAUGGGCGACCAAAGAAAAACCAGUAUCCCUGCCCCAUGGCCAAGGCCAUCGGCUGCAAAGACCACUUCACCACAUCAGGCCAUGCUGCACGCCACGCGAAGAAGCACACCGGCAAGAAGGAUGCCAUCUGUCCCGAGUGUAACAAGGCUUUCACCCGCAAAGACAACAUGGAGCAGCACCGCCGCACCCAUCAGAGCGGCCGCGGCGCCGCUAAGACCGGCGAUCGAGACGUGAAGAAGGCCAAGCUGAGGACACAAUCAUCGCGACCAAAGAUCAGCCCCAUCCAGUCGCAGGCACCCUCUCAGGCCACCACGCCGACCAUGGCAAACAUGCACACUGUUGAUCCCUCGCUCGGCAACAGCCCCACUGGAUCCUUCAUGGCCGCCAUGCAACCGUCGGACGCGUUCGCUGACUACAACUCACGAGCGUACCCCGACCCAACUGCAUACGCCAUCAACACCCACAGCUACAUGAACGGCUCGUCAUAUGGCGGUCUAGACGCUCUCGCAAGUGCUGCCAGCAGGGAGCAACAAAAUCUUGAAGACGACUCGGAGGACGAGCAGAAAAACCAGCUCAAGCGUCAACGCGAAAUAUAG